GGGCCAGUGUGGCUCCUGCUGGGCCUUUUCGGCUACCGGUUCUCUUGAAGGUCAGUACAAGAGAAAGACAAAUCAACUUGUCAGCUUAUCUGAGCAACAAUUGGUGGACUGUUCCAGGAAUUUCGACAACGAAGGUUGCAAUGGAGGGUUGAUGAACAGCGCAUUUGAGUACUUAGAAGAAAAUGCCAUUGAAUCGGAGGCUUCCUAUCCUUACGAAGCCCGAAUUAGUAUUGAUUAA